GAGUAUACGGUUGUUUUAUUUAUUCGUAACAAAUAUUGUUUUGCUUUUGCACUAGCGCUAUCUUACAUCACCAUUACAUGCCAUAUGCUUAAAUAGUGGAGGCCGAAUUUUUUUAUGAAAGAUUAUUGAGUCAUUACGAAGGUUGGGGACGUAGACUGUGUACUUGUGUUAAGCCCAAUUUGUCAGUAGUCGUGACUGCUUGGAACAGAAGGUCGCGAUGGCAACAUUUCAAACUCGAGAUGACCCUAUGGUAAAUUGCCCUUAUAACAAGGCACACCGUGUAUCCAGAAGCCGAAUCCAAAGCCACAUCCUGAAAUGUAGGAAAACUCAUCAAGAUCGGCAGUUAGAAACGUGUCCUUUCAAUGCUCAACAUCGUAUUGAAAAGGAAUUAAAACAUGAUCAUAUCAUGAAUUGUCCAGAUCGAGCCGCGGUGGAUCGAGAAAUUGCAAUGUCAGCUAAUGGUAAAUUUUUUCCAUGUUCUCUUUGACUUCAAAUAUUAAAU